CCUCUACUGCACUCACUCAAAGUGUUGGAUCUACGCAGAUGGACGCAUGCCUUUAUCCUCGGAGCACUUCACGUGGAUUUAACCAACGGGAAAGUCUUUGUAGCAGCAGCUUGACGCCAAUUUCUUUUCAACUGGCCUCGUUUGACAGCGUGGUUUUAUAGAGUUUAGUGGCGAAGUACAGCUGAGCUCCUAACAGGUGUUGGGGUGGCGGGUCACGCCGCCGCUCGGAGAGAGAACAUGUCCAAUGGGAAAGACGCAAAUGCUGCACAGAACAGAUCCUCACAGAUGACCUUGAAAGAGUGCCUGGAUGAGUGCAUGGAGGCCUUGGAUCUCUUCCUUAACAACCACUUCAAUGAGAGCCUGGACAUGCUGCGGCCAAGAGUGAAAGAGAGUAUGUACCAUGCUCUUAUCUACGCCACAGUGCUAGAAAUGCAGGCCAUGAUGACUUUCCAGCAUGAUGACAUCAGCAAUGCAGGAAAUACCAUGAAGAGUGCCCAGGAGGUCUGCCAGAGGUUUCGACGGAAAUCCCCAGGUUUGACUAAUAAGUCAGGAGGGCAAUCACUCACAGAAGUGCAGCUUCAUGCUGAAGUGUGUUAUGCAGAGUGUCAACUCCAAAGAGCUGCUCUCACCUUCCUACAGGAUGAGAACAUGGUGAGUUUUAUCAAAGGAGGGAUCAAAGUACGAAACAGUUACCUAAUAUACAAAGAACUGCAUUCCUUCAUAAAAUCUCAAAACUGUCUCAAAGGACCCAGCCACGUUCACUUAGAGGGAGGAAUAUCGUUUGGAAUAGGGGCGUUUAAUCUGACACUCUCUCUGUUUCCUCCACGGAUACUCAAAGUGUUGGAGUUUGCAGGCUUCUCUGGAGACAAGGAAUAUGGUCUGUCCCUGCUGCAAGAUGGUGCCACAGGGAUGAAUCUGCGUUCCAUGCUGUGCGCUCUGCUACUGCUCUGUUACUACACCUUUCUCACAUUCAUACUAGGCACAGGUGAGGGAGAGGUGGAUGAAGCUGAAAGGCUGCUGAAACCUUUCCGGCUCCGCUACCCACGGGGAGCAAUAUUCCUCUUCUUUGCAGGCAGGACUGAAGAGAUCAAGGGGAACAUUGAUGAGGCGGUGGCGCUCUUUGAAGAUGGCUGCAAGGCCCAGCAAGCUUGGAAGCAGUUUCACCACAUGUGCUACUGGGAGCUGAUGUGGUGCUUCACCUAUAAGCGAGCAUGGAAGAUGGCGUACUUCUAUGCAGAUCUACUGAGCCAGGAGAGCUGCUGGUCCAAGGCCAUGUACGUUUACAUGAAAGCUGCUUACCUCAGCAUGCUGCCUAAAGACGAGGCCAGGCCUUUUGGGGAGGAUGAGGUAGAGCUCUUUAGAAAAGUACCCACCUUCAAGCAGAAGAUAGCAGGGAAGUCUCCUCCGACUGAGAAGUUUGCUAUCCGUAAAGCCAGACGCUACAAGGCUCCCUGCCCAACCCGGUUACCAGUGCCAGUGCUGGAGAUGAUGUACAUGUGGAACGGUUUCAGUAUGAUCAGCAAACGACCAGAACUGACUGAAGGCAUGAUGCAGACUUUGGUGGAUGCAGAGCGCACCCUGCUAGAAUCUCCUGAAAAUGACUAUUCAGUGGAUGACCGCUGUCUGAUCCACAUGCUGAAGGGUCUCUGUUUGAAGAACCAGGGUCUCCUCCAAGCUGCUGAGGAAUGCUUCAACAAAGUGUUUUCCAGUGAAAAGAAGAUCAGGUUUGACCAUUACCUGGUGCCCAACUCUCUGGUUGAGCUCAGUCUGCUCUACAUAGACCAAGGCAGAAGGGAUGAGGCUAUUAAACUACUGCACAAGGCCAAACAGAACUACAAAGACUACUCGAUGGAGUCUCGUACACAGUUCAGGGUACACGCAGCUCUGGCCAAACUUAAAGCUGACCCUGGUGCUGAGGAGGACACUCAUCUGUAGGAAGCUUCAGGAUUACAAACGCUCCUCACACUGGACUCUCUGUUUCCCUCACAGUUAUGGCUGUUUCAGCUUUGUGCCCAGUUUCUAACCUAUAUCUAUAUUUCAAAAAAUGAAUACUGGGUAUUUUAUCACUGUGUUUGGGUUUACCUUUUCAGGCAUUUUGGUGUCACAUUAUGCAUUAACAUAUCAUUGGACAAAGGUAUAACCUGUUAGAAUAUUUUCAAGAGCCCGUCCUUUCCACAUUGGCUUCCGAGAGCAUAAAUCAGUCAAGUGGAGUUUGACAUUUUGAGCUGAGGGACAGCGUAUAUACAGUAGACACUUUAUGUUAUGAACAACGUUUUUAUUGUUUACAUUGAAAAUUAAAAAAACACUAUAUUUUAAUCAACAAUUGAUUGUAAGCCACUAUGAAUGUCCAAUGUAAAAAUGUUAUGACUUAAUGAAUUGUAUAGUAUUUACUUGAUUUUACUUUGUUGAAGGAACUCCACGAUAGUAACAUAAUCUUAAGUACCUUAAACUGUGCUGUGUUGGAAUGGCGUUUUAAGGUGUUAAUGGUAUUUCAUAUUUCACAUUUCAUACCUAGUUAGUUAUCUGGCCUUAAGAAAUGUGUGACCUACAGUCAGCAGCCAGUAUUUUGUGCACCGAGUCAUGCAUUGCGGAUCACUAAAUUUUCCCACUCUGUAUAGUUGGAUGGUAGGUGCAUUCGAGGAUGGCAUGCCACGGCUGAAGCAGUGAAACAACAGUGUUUAGACAGAUCUGGAUCAGUGCGUUCACUUACCACAAACUUGUAUGCAUUAAUUAUUUCUGCUUAAAUAAAUUUUACAUAUGAA